AUGGUGCCGGACACGGAACAAGAUCUCGGUCACUGGGCCCUGGCUUUGCCAACGUAUAUGCACUUCACCUCGCCCAUCCGUCGCUACGCGGACGUGCUGGUGCACAGAAGGUUGGCGGUUUUGCUUGGCUUCGAUGCCCCGCAGGGCCAGAGCCAUGAGGAUUUUCUGAACAGCCUCAAGGCAGCAGUAGAGACCUGCAACGUCAAGAAGCGAGCGGCGCAGGAUGCGCAAAUGGAGGAGAUCCAGAUUGCCAUCUCCGACUACGUGCAGCGCAGCGGAGGUGUGGAUGUGGACGACGCGGUGCUUACCAAAAUCUUGGUGCCCCGGCAGAAGGAAGUUCAGGAAGCUCCGAAGGGCCAGCUUUCAUUCCGGCAGCGCUUGACCAAGAGAGCGCUCAAAGAGGCGGUGGAGAUCUAUGUGCCCUUGGCGCAGAGCGCCAGGUCUUUGAGCCUCGAGGUCUUGAACCUUGAGCUGGCUGCUCCGCCAGAGCCGGAGCCGGAGUCGACAUCAAUGGGUGGCGGCGAGAAAGGGGAGGCGAAGGACAAGUACCGCGAGGUCCAAAGCCUCCGGGUGAGGAUUCGCGGCAGUGCCCAGGAGGUGCAGCUUCAAAAGCUCCAGCGGCUCUCUGUGCGCCUCACCGCGCAGGAUACGGACGGCGAGUCCCGGUCGUCGCUUUGGACGAUCCGCCUACCCUGGGCGGAGGCGGAGGCGCCCGCGGCAGCUCCGGUUGCAGCUCCACUGGAGCUGCCGGAGCCGCGGGAGGCUUUGGCGAGGCAAGACAAGUAUGCAUGCAUCUCAGUGUUGGAAUUCCAGAUGUGGAUCCUUGAGCAUGGCAAUGCGAUGGCGGGCGCGAUACAGUACAACCGCGGCAUCCACCGCCUCGAGCAGUCCAGGUGGUCAGAGGCUUUGGCGCUCACUGCCCACAUGGCCUCCGCCUCCGUCCGCGCGGACGUGGUGACGCUGAACUCCGCCGCGCGGCGCUUGCGCUGCAGGUGGCGCCAGGCCGUGCACCAGGUCGAAGUGCUUUCGCCCGGAAUUCGCAUGAACGUGAUCUCCUACAACUCCCUGGUCAGCAACUGUUUGGAGUGGCAGCUGCCGCUGCAUCUGCUCCACACCAUGCGCCGAACGACCUGCCCCGGCAACUUGUUGAGCUUCAACUCAGCCAUGCGGCACUGCGAGUGGCAGCGCGCUCUCGGCCUCGUGCGCGACGCGCCGGAAGCGCCGGAUGUGGUGUCCUGCAGCACCGUCGCCAGCAGGCUGGGUGACCGCUGGCAGCGCGGAAUCAUGUUGCUGGAGGCAGCUCACAGCAGCCACGUGCAGCUGAACAUUUUCGCAUACAAUGCCUUGAGCAGCCAGUGGCAGCAGGUGUCAGACCUCUUGAAGCGCUUGCCCGCGCGAGAGCUGCGCCCAGACGUGGUGACCUACUCCCUGCUCGCGACAUCCGCGUGGGCUUGGUCUUGGGAGGUUCUGCAGAAGAUGCGUCGCCAGCAGGUGGCACCAGAUGGCGCGGUCUUCCGUGUGCUGAGCUUCGCGUGGCAAAGCGCCACAGCUGUGCUGGUGGAGAUGCGGCGGGCCACGCUGGAGGCCAGCGGGUCUCCGACCUUGGGCGCUUGGCACACGGCGAUAGGUGACUGGCAAAGCGCACUACAGCUUUGGGACAGGCUGCCCUUGGGCGGCGCCGUGGGCCCACGUGUGUGCUGGCCUCUUGCCGUGGCGCUGCUUGGCCAGCUGAGACAGCUUCGGCAAGAGCCGAGCGCCGAUGGGCUCGUCCCCUGGCGCACAGCACUGGAGGCACCAUCCCUCGCCCACGGCGCCUUGGGGUCCCUGGCGCGUGCGGGGCGCUGGCGCCGGGCGAUCUCGGCGGUCGCGACGGAGGCGAAAGACGUGGCGAGCGUCAGCCUUGCCGUCAGCGCCUGUGAGCGUGCGUCCCGCUGGCCACCGGCGCUGCUGCUGCUGUCGCAGCCCUGCACCGCCAGCGCCUACAGUGCCGCAGCGGUGGCUUUGGGGGGCGCUCGGGGCGCCUUGGGCGCCGAGUGGCAGCGGGCGGCCGCUCUGCUGAGCGCCAUGGGCGCCAGGAACUUGCGGGCCACGGCGAGAAGCUGA